CUGCAGCCGGAGAAAACCUGUUUGUUCUUGGGCGGGCGGAGCCCACUCUGUGCCACCUCGUUUCCAGGCGCGCUCUUCGCUGCGCCCCUCGCCCGCCGACACAGCUCGGUAGGGUCCAGCACUGCCCACCCGAGGGAGCCCGCGCACCACGCCUGCCCGACUCGCUGCCCGUCCCACAAGCCAGGCACCUGUACCAGGAGCCCACUGAAUCCACUAGUAACAGAAUUGAAAAAUAAACAUCAUGAAUGUCUCAUCACUAGGAGGUAAUGGAAAAGGGAAACCUUUGUCAUCUGGUGAAGAGGAGCGCAAUAAUGUCCUAAAACAAAUGAAAGUACGAACUACACUGAAGGGUGAUAAGAGCUGGAUCAUCAAGCAUGAAGACUCAGAGGACCAUACUAUACAGCUUCCCUCUGGACAAAACCAUACUACAUCCUCAUCAGUUGGAGAGGUCUCAAAUACCAGGUCUCCAAAUACAAAGGCUCCCGCUGGUUACAUCAUCCGGGGAGUGUUCACCAGAACAAUAGACAGCUCUUCUCACUACCAACAGCACCUGUCUAAGACCAACGGAGCGCCAAGAAGUGCUUCUGAACUGCUGGGAACAGCUAAUUCUGGUCAUCCUCAUCAGUCCUCUGGUUAUAAGAUGACUACAGAAGAUUAUAAAAAGCUGUCACAAGCUGCAAGUGGUGUUCUGAGGAAGACAGGCCCACAGGAGCACUCUUAUGUCCUCUCAGCAGUUAAGAAGAACACUAGUAGUCCUACUCAAGAUGUGCAGGCCCCAUUUAUUGCAAAGAGGGUUGAUGUGGUUGAUGAAGAUGUGCCUCCUCAGAAAAAACAGGAGCCACCUGCUCUGGCAAGACCUGUUUCUGGCUUAAGCAGUGUGGAUGGAGGCAAAACCCAAGUGUCUCAAGCAAUUCAAAUUGAGUGCAUGCCAAGUGUACCCAGCCCCUCUGGAAGUCAGGAACCCAGCUUGAAAACUGAGGAGAUUGUCCGUUUGCAGAUCACGAUCCCCAGAGCAGGACUCCACCUGGUGGCCUCAGAUCUGGAAGCCCUGAGGUCUUCCCACAAAAACAAUGAAGUAUCAUGCUCUGAAGAAUUCAAAAGAGAUUCAGCUUGUGAGGAUAAAUUUAAGAAUUGCAACACAGAUUCUGAAAGCCCCUCAGCUGAUUGUGAGAAGAAUGUGGACCCCAAGACCAUCAAGGCCUAUCAGGAGACAGAGGGAGCUACAGAAGGCAGCCAGAGAGACCCAGCAAUGGCCACUCAAUACUCUGCAGAUCCCAGCACCCCAGAGCUGGAGAGCAGCCCUGAUGUACCCAAUCAGGUCAUCAAACUUGAGGCCUGUGUCAGCAGCACUCCAGUUGCUUGCAAGGAGAAUAAUGCAGCCCCCAAGAUCAGUGAGGCCUGGCAGGAGACACCUGACCCCCCACGAGGCUGCCAAGGAGACCGAGCUGUGGCUACUCAACAACUUGCAGAUCCCAGCACUCCAGAGCCACAGAGAAGCCCCAGCAGAUCUGAGCAGCAAACCAAACUGGGCAAUAGUACCAACAACAAAGGGAUUCUCUUCGUGAAGGAGUACAUGAAUGCUAGUGAAGUGUCUUCUGGGAAGCCAGUGUCUUCACACUAUGGCAGUACCAGCAGCAUUGAGGACUCAUUGAACCUGGAGAAGAAACCCCCACAUGAAGGCACUCCACCCUCUGAGAGACCAACUGAAGGGGUCUGUACUUACUGCAGCCAUGAGAUCCGAGACUGUCCAAAGAUUACCCUUGAACAUCUUGGCAUCUGCUGCCAUGAGUACUGUUUUAAGUGUGGGAUUUGUAAUAAACCGAUGGGUGAUCUCCUAGAUCAGAUCUUCAUUCACCGUGACACCAUCCACUGUGGGAAAUGCUAUGAGAAGCUCUUCUAGGAAAUGCAUUUGUGUUGGACUUAGGCUCACAAUCACUGCUGAACAGAAGCUGAUGAGCCCCAGAUGUAUUUGGCUGUCCAGUUGCCCCCAAAUUGUUGGUUCUUCCCUUACAUCCUCCCCUACCUGGUUUCACUGUACUUCUGCCCACCUUGUACUGAAAUAACACAUCUAGUAUUGUAUCUCAAUGAUGUUAUAAUUACACAUGUAUAGCCUUUUAUACCUUAGAAAUUCAAAUCCAUAUCUCAGUUGCUCCCAGGAUGAAGGACUCCACUUUGACUUCCCUAAGAUAUGUUGGCUUUCUAAUGAGUGCAGAUGACCUGGUGUGCUAGACAUGGGCACAAGUGUAGGUAUCAGUGUAUGCAGACUUUUGGAGGCUUCUGAGGGACCAAACCAAAUGCUGUUGAUGAUCCCUAGUAGGGAAAUUACAGGCAUUGAAUGCUAAGGGUUGGCAACAGGCUAAUCACUGUGUGUGUGUGUGUGUGUGUGUGUGUGUGUGUGUGUGUGUAUGUAUUUUUAAUUUCUCAUACAAUUCUUAAAAUAGUUGUUUUUGAUUGAAUUAUGUAGCAGAUUUAAAUUACCUCCUCCCAUUCUCCUUUGAGUUUUUCCAGUCAGGUAUGUCAGUACAUAUUGGAAAGUUUACCCAGGUUUAAAUUUGAAAAGAUACAAUAUUAGGAGGCUUCUAACAAAAGGGAUAUCUUGUGUCUGUUUGAAUUUUAAUAGCUAGUUCAAGUCUUUAACCUCAGUGUCCUGUUUCCUAGACUUCACAUAGAAAUUCUCUGAACUGAUUUUAGGUGUGUAGCUUCCAAAAGAGUAGAGAAGAAAACAGAUAAAGUUUCUUGAAGCCUCACCACACACCAGGCAUUACCACAAAGCACUGGCUUUUAAUCUCUUUAGUAGUCUCUAAAAUAUUCUCAUUUUAGAAAUGAACAUAGUAAUGCUCAGAGAAGUGGGAAGAAUCCUGUAGAACCACUGUUGUCUCUCUCUGGAGCCUAUACUUUUUCCAGAAGCAAUAACCAUCAUGACACUGAACUAGUAUUGAGCAUGUGCCAGGCACUGUGUAGAGGGUCCCUACUAUGAAAUACUGCCCUGAAGCAUACUCUUAGAAAUGGGAAAAGUGUGAAAUUCUCUCCAUCUCUGGGAUUCUUGGAUCCCUCCUUGAAGCACUACAGUAAUCUAAUUGACAUCCAGUGAAUGGUGCAGUAGGCUCUCUGCCCUAAGCACACAGUGACCUGUUUUCUAGUCCUGAUUCUGUUUCAAACCAACAUCAACUUCUAGGUCCCCAGGUACUCCAAGUGCUAAAAGCUGAUGUUUGGCAGAGCAGAGGCGGGUUCCUCUUUGCAGUCUGCUAAUAUGCUGCUCUAAUUCAACUUCACUUUGCUGCCUUUGGGUACAGCAUUAAAUUGUAAGCUCCUUGAAAGGAAAAAUAGCCCUCAAGAUUUGGGGAUGCAAAAUGGAGGCUUCUUCAUUUGAUUUACUUAUAAAAAAGCUCAUCUCUUUCUUUAGACUCUGAGUUCUAAGCACAUUUGAGUAAAUACUUGUUCUUCCUAUCAAGUAAUCAGAGAAGAACAUUCUAUUUAUUUGCAUAUUUAUCUGCUGCAUGUACUCUGAAGGGGAGAAGGAGUACAGUAUGCCACAUCCCUACACUAAUUACCAACUAGUCUUUCUCGAGUCCAGCUCGAGCAUGGGACUUGGCAGAUUGUAGGCAAUAACAUAUGGGUGCCAAAUGAAUUAGUAAGAGAAAAGUAAGUUACUCCUUUGGUUAGAGGUGUUAUCUGGGAGUCUCAGUGCAGGCCCCACAGAUGGGAUCCACAGUAAAGAGGCCCAAGGUAGGAUGGUUUCCCCACCUUAAAGGUGUACUUUGCCAUCUAAGGAGUUUUAGAAAUAUGGAAGAUACUCAAAGACAGGUUGCAAUGUUGGUAUUGAUUUGACUACAAAAUAGCCCUUUUGUGUCUUAAAAGAAAAGAGGGAUGGUUUUGCAUUAUUUUACUUCUUUUUAAUUGCUUAGUGUUUCUAGCUAA